CUGGGUGUUACUGUCUCCUGGCCCGCCCGGAGCUGCGCGGCCAACUCCCAGCAGGGGCCGCUCCCCACUCCUUAGGCUCUCUCUUAAAGCCCCUUGUUCACGGUACCUGCCUUCCCAAAAGGCCAGUACAGCCUGCGAGGCAGCGCUCUCUGGGGUCCGAGGCGAGUGCGGGCUCUAGACCUGAGUAGGGAAGGCGCGAGGGGCGGAGGAGGGUCGGCUUCCCACGUGGGGGCUGACGCUGGCUGCUCGGCAACGCCGGCUUCAUCCUGGGACUAUAAAACCAGUGCACAGUAGAGCGGCGGAGCAGCGCUUCUGUGCAGACGCCCAGCAGCCGGUGCACGCCGCCCAGCCAGCCCAGCGCCUUCAGCCCCAAGUCCUGCUAAAACUCCAAAGGUCUUCGGACCCCUGCCGGGUCUGCUGCGUUCAGAGCCCACCCAGCUGGCGGUUAGCAGCCACCCUUGCUUGGCCGCGGCUUCCGGAGAGUCAAUCGCUCACCUAGCUUGGCCCUGAGGACGGGAGGGGGGGGUGCCUUCAUGCGGCCCCCACACCCUUCAUCCCGCCGCUGCCGCCCCCCGAGCUCAGUGCGCUGCGUCCCAGCCCCAGCAGGGCGCACAACUUUGGAAGUCCCGUGGCUCUCCAAGAGGAAGCAGAGUCUGCGCCCUCGCCCGAGGUCCGGCCCAGCCCGCUCCACCGCUCCUGGGGGGCAGCAACAGAAUCGGAAAUCGCUUCGAGGGUAUAAGAAGACCGACCUAGGACCCUGAACCCUCACCAACACCCCUUGGCUGCCUUUUGGGGUAAGACUUCCUGCUUUCUCUCAGCUCAAGAGUCAAGGUAUAGAUGUCUAUUUAAAUACAUUUGUAUAAUUUUCUGACAUCUUUCCAAGUCAUCAGGCCACCGAUGAUUUCUUUUCUUUUUUCUUGAAGAAUUAAAUCUCUAACUGCCAGCUGGCCCUACUCUAUCCUGCCUCUUAGAAACAAACUUGGCUGGGUUGGGGAGCUGGAAAAGAGAAGGCACCCACCCAGAGCGGUGGACCAGCCCGUGCCAGUUCGUGGGCACUAGUUCAUGGACAACUAGCGGUCCCCCAGCUUGGGCCUGGGCUCCCUAUGUGAGGCACGGCGGGACGGUCCGCGUGCCGGAGGAAGAGGAGGACCCACGGACGCGGGGCCGGAAGGCAGCUGGCAGCAGGCCCAGGAGAACCGGCACCCGCGUUCAUGUUCCGCCAGGAGCAGCCUCUGGCUGAGGGCAGCUUUGCGCCCAUGGGCUCCCUGCAGCCGGACUCUGGCAACACGAGCUGGAACGGGACUGAGGCGCCCGGGGGCGGCACCCGGGCCACCCCUUACUCCCUGCAGGUGACACUGACUCUGGUGUGCCUGGCUGGCCUGUUGAUGCUGUUCACGGUGUUUGGCAACGUGCUGGUUAUUAUUGCAGUGUUCACCAGUCGUGCACUUAAAGCGCCCCAAAACCUCUUCCUGGUGUCUCUGGCCUCAGCGGACAUCCUGGUGGCCACGCUGGUCAUUCCCUUUUCUUUGGCCAACGAGGUUAUGGGCUACUGGUACUUUGGUAAGGUGUGGUGCGAGAUCUACUUGGCUCUCGACGUGCUCUUUUGCACGUCGUCCAUAGUGCACCUGUGCGCCAUCAGCCUGGACCGCUACUGGUCCAUCACACAGGCCAUCGAGUACAACCUGAAGCGCACACCACGCCGGAUCAAGGCCAUCAUCGUCACCGUGUGGGUCAUCUCGGCCGUCAUCUCCUUCCCGCCCCUCAUCUCCAUAGAGAAGAAGGGCGCUGGAGGCGGCCAGCAGCCGGCAGAACCAAGCUGCAAGAUCAAUGACCAGAAGUGGUAUGUCAUCUCGUCGUCCAUCGGUUCCUUCUUCGCGCCUUGCCUCAUCAUGAUCCUGGUCUAUGUGCGUAUCUAUCAGAUUGCCAAGCGUCGCACCCGCGUGCCGCCCAGCCGCCGGGGUCCAGACGCUUGUUCCGCGCCAGCUGGGGGCGCCGAUCGCAGGCCCAACGGCCUGGGCCCGGAACGCGGAGCGGGCCCCGCAGGAGCCGAGGCCGAGCCUCUCCCCACCCAGCUUAACGGUGCCCCGGGGGAGCCUGCGCCCGCUGGGUCCCGCGACGGGGAUGCACUGGACCUAGAGGAGAGUUCGUCGUCCGAGCAUGCCGAGCGGCCCCCGGGACUCCGUAGACCCGAGCGCGGUCCCCGGGCCAAGGGCAAGACCCGGGCGAGCCAGGUGAAGCCGGGAGACAGUCUGCCUCGGCGCGGGCCUGGGGCCGCGGGGCCUGGGACUGCUGGGUCCGGGCCUGGAGAGGAGCGCGGUGCCAAAGCGUCGCGCUGGCGCGGGCGGCAAAACCGCGAGAAGCGCUUCACGUUCGUGCUGGCAGUGGUCAUCGGCGUGUUCGUGGUGUGUUGGUUCCCGUUCUUUUUCACUUAUACACUCAUAGCGGUCGGCUGCCCCGUGCCCUACCAGCUCUUCAACUUCUUCUUCUGGUUCGGCUACUGCAACAGCUCGCUGAACCCGGUCAUCUACACCAUCUUCAACCACGACUUCCGCCGCGCCUUCAAGAAGAUCCUCUGCCGCGGGGACAGAAAGCGCAUCGUGUGAGCUAGUGGGAUGUGCCCUGCUUACAGACGCUUGUUUGAUGCAGGGCCCGGGCUUCGAGGGGGCGCGUCUGUGCAUGCAGCCCCAGCACUCUGAAACCCAGGACCUACCUGCUCCGUGUGUUAUCUAACUAGGAGGGAGCCCCGUGGUGUUUGAGGGCACCUUUUGUUACAUGUGUAAAGUUCUGGCUGAGAGGGACAAUGCGCCUUUUGGUGGUUGUUUCGGUUGCUCUCCACCCACAGCCAUUUUCUAGGGGCUACCCGAUCAGUAUUGUUUCCUAAAGACAUUGCCACCCUCUCCACCAGUCUGACUCUCCCAAACUCUUCAGAGCAAGCGCAGUACUAGAGAAGGCAUGGCUGCCAAAGGGUUAAUGAAUCAAGGUUUCCUAGCCCGGGCUAAUUAACACUUCCCCAACCCCCCCCCCCCCCUUUAAAAAUCCAUUCAGGGCAGCCCUGCCUGCUCUCCCCACCCCCACUGUAAAUAUACAUUAUUUUUGAUAUCAUACUUUGAAGUCUUCAGUGUUGGCAUUGGUGUGAUGUUGAAAUCAUGGCCGUGGAGAUGCUCUCCAGUGGCUAACCUGGUCCAGACCAAGCUCCUUCUCGAAGCAAGCCCUUUUCUAGUAUUAUGUCGCUGUCAGUGCUUUUUACCAGUAACUGGUGACAGUCCCUUGGACACAGACCUGCUUUGAGAUUUCCUGACAGGGAAAGGGUUUCUGUUCAUGUUCCUCCCCCUCCUCCCACCCGUGCCUGACAGCAUAAUUGCCUUUUCCUAUGUAAAUAUUAGAGCGAUGGACCAAGACAGAAGGAAAUGAACCUUCCGCCUUGCAUCAGCCCUGUGUAUGAAGCCAUUAUCUUCUGAGGCACCGCUUGCCCCAGUAACUCACUUUGAAACCGUCUCUGUGGAUCCCCACUACUCUGGGGCCAAGGCUUGGAGAAGAAUAUGUAUGUUUCUAGAUUGUAUGUGUGCCGCCCCUCCCCCAGAAAGAGCCAUCUAAGAGGGAAUCUUUCAGCUGCUGAUUUUAGCCACACAGGAGUGGAAAUUAUGCGGAAGAAACAAACCUGAUACAAUUUGCACAAGGUAAACAGUGAGAAGACAAAUGGGCCUGCCACACUGUACAGUGCCAAACCCCAAGAGCUCUUAGGUAGGAAAGUGUUCCCUCCCCCCUGCUUUUCUGGUUGAGAUCAUGUCACUAAUGAAUUGCCAGAGUCAGGGAGGAAGGCAGAGACUUUGUGUUUACAGCAGGGUUUCUACUUAUUUUGGGUGGAUAGGAAGGCCUGUGCUCUGAUUUAGAAAACUAAAUGUCAGCACUUGUUGCUUAUGACAGUGGAUUUUUUUUUAAAAAAAUAAAGUUUACAGAUCAAAUGUGAAAUAAACAUG